GAGAGGGUGGAGGGGGUGGCCAGCAGGGUGGCAGGAGUAGAAGGGACGAUUCACCAUGGAAUAUGAAGUCAAGAAAGGGAAAAAGGGCUUCGUAUCCCCUAUCCGGAGGCUGGUGUUCCCCAAGGCGGCUCGUCGGGCAGCCUUUAGGAGCAGCGUGAGCCGCCGCCCCCUGCACUCCAUGCCCCUUUAUCCCCCUGACUACCUCAUCGACCCCCAGAUCCUGCUAUGUGACUACCUGGAGAAAGAGGUUAAGUUCCUAGGCCACCUCACCUGGGUGACCUCCUCGUUGAACCCCUCCAGCCGGGACGAACUCCUGCAGCUGCUGGACACGGCCAGGCAGUUGAAGGAGCUGCCGCUGAAGACCACGGCGGAGCAGGACAGCAUCCUGAGCCUGUCGGCCCGCUGCCUGCUGCUCACCUGGCGUGACAACGAGGAGCUCAUCCUGCGUAUCCCCACUCACGAGAUCGCCGCCGCCUCCUACCUGCAGGACGACGCGCUGCACCUGCUGGUGCUUAAGACAGGUCUGGGCGUGGACCCAGUGCCGGCCGGUGUAGACGCCAGCCCUGGCGGCGCAGGGCGUGACCCGGGCCCGCCGGGCGCGGCUCCCGAGAAGCGGCGGGUGGGCACCACCGAGCGGCGCCACACCAUCUGCAGCCUAGACUGGCGGAUGGCGUGGGGCGGGGGCGCGGGCGCCGAGGCCCGGGCUGGUGGCGGCGGCGGCGGCAGCCUGGAGCGCCAGCGCGUGGGGCCCCGGGCGUCCGGCAGCUGGGAGCGGCGGCAGACGUUCAGCGGCAGCUGGGAACGGCGGCAUGGUGGCGGCGGCGGCAGCGCGGGCAAGCCGGGCGGCAGCUGGGAGAGGAGGCAGGCGGGCGGCGGCGGCAGCUGGGAGCGGCGCCACCCGGGCACCAACCCUCUCGACCCGCAGGACCCCAGCCCAGACGCCUACUGCAACCUCGUCAUCCUGGCUGUGGCCAACAGGGAUGCUGCCGAGGAGUCCUGCGCCCUCAUCUGUCAGGUCUUCCAGAUCAUCUAUGGGGACCAGAGCAUUGAGUGUGUGGACCGGGCCGGCUACCAUUACACAUCCACACCCGAACGGCCAUGGCUCUGCAGCCGCAGUGAGAGCUGCCGAACCGACGGGACUUAUGCCUACGACGCUGACUUCAGCUGCUGCAGCUCCUUCAAUGGCUCCCAGGACACAUUUGAAGCAUGUUACAGCGGCACGUCCACACCCUCUUUCCAUGGCUCCCACUGCAGCGGCAGCGACCACAGCGGCCUGGGCCUAGAGCAGUUACAGGAUUACAUGGUCACGUUGCGGAGUAAGCUGGGGCCCACUGAGAUCCAGCAGUUCGCACAGCUGCUGCGGGAGUACCGGCUGGGGCUGCCCAUCCAGGAUUAUUGCUCCGGCCUGCUGAAGCUCUAUGGAGACCGGCGCAAGUUCCUCCUCCUUGGGAUGCGGCCCUUCAUCCCGGACCAGGACAUCGGCUACUUCGAGGGCUUCCUGGAGGGCGUGGGCAUCCGCGAGGGUGGCAUCCUCACUGACAGCUUCGGCCGCAUCAAGCGCAGCAUGAGCUCCACGUCCGCCUCUGCCGUGCGCAGCUAUGACGGCGCGGCUCAGCGGCCCGAAGCACAGGCCUUUCACCGGCUGCUGGCUGACAUCACGCAUGACAUCGAGGCGCUGGCUCCAGACGACGACGACAGCACGGACGAGGAGCCCCGGGGCUCCCCGGGCGGGGGAGAGGCGGAUGAAGACAACUACCUGUAGCCUGUGGCCGCCGCCAAGGCGGAGGGCCUGGAGUGGGUGGCCCCGCAAUCCCGCCUCUGAGCCUCACGUCUGCCUGCCGUCUCCAUCCCUAGUCUGGACGGAGACUCACACCCUGACCAGGACCCCGCCCUCGGGGCUCCAGUCUCUGCAGUACCGAGAAUGCCCUGCAGGGGACGAGACCCUCAAGUCCUAGGCAGUCGCACAGGGCUCAGCCAGCCCCUCUGCCUGCCGGGGAGAGGCUGUGUCCUCUUUUGUCCCACUAGCCGGGAGUCUCGGCCACCAGGACACACCCUCCUUCCCCGACUCCGGCAACUUUCUGGAGGCCAAGGGAGAGGUGAUGAGUGGGCUCCACCUGCUGGCCGACUGAGAAAAGACUUCCCAGAGCCCAGAGACUUCUGUUCCUCCUACUCUACAGUUUGAGAAACCGUUUUAAAAAAAAGAAAAGGGGGCCGGCGGAGUGGCUCAGUUGGUUAGAGCGCGAGCUCUGACAGUUCGAUUCCCGCUGGGAUGGAGGGCUGCACGCUUCCCCCCACACACACACACACACCCGCAACUAGAUUGAAAGCUGCGACUGGACUUGGAGCUGAGCUGCGCCCUCC